AUGGCUACAGCUACCGCGAGGGCCCGGAAGCCCGUGGGCUCUGCGCCCUGGGUCGCUGCGGAAAAAGAAAACAUUACAGAUCUUGUUCGACAGGAGCUCGAGGAAGUCGAGUACCCGGUGCGCCAUGAGCUCGAUUGGUUGAAUGAGCAUAUGGCGGAGAUCUUCUCAAAGGGCCAGGCCAACUUCACCGAUGUCUUCAAGACGCCAGGGAAAAUGGUGGGGAAGACACCGCGCACGGCGCGUAAGCGUCCGGUGGAGGAAAAUCGGGUACCCCUAAGCGAAAUCUUUUCAUCGACGCAAAAGAACACAGAAAAGAAAGCUGUUCCAAGUCCGAGCCCUUUUGUGCAUCGGGUCAUGACCAAGUCCAAUGCAGCAGAACCUCAACCCGCCCGCGCGACUUCCCCUGCAACUUCCCCUACAGCCACUCGUUCCGAAAAUGUCGCGCAGGGCAUGCAGCUACAAUAUCCCGACCUCACCCAAAAACUAAACUCUUUCUCACAAUUCAACACUGAUUCGGGAUACCAUGGAUUGCAAGACGACAACGACAUCAUGAUGUCGGACACACAACCCGAAACUCAGUCGACGCAGCCGUUCGAGGAGGACGAUCAAUUGGUCCUGCACUCUGAAGUGGACGUCUCUCUCGAACAGCAGCCGACUGAAGACUCUUUCCAUUCCGCUCAGGAGAAUAUGCGUCUGCGCGGAGAGACCGUGGAGCCAAGAACUUCUACUCCAACCCCGAAGCAGCCACCAAUUUCUCGUUCGAACGCACCCGACUCAGUGAACCUUGGAUCCGAGGCAAACCUGACACCAAAGGCUCGCAAGGGCUCAGAGCGUGGGGAAACUGCAGCUGUGGAAUACAAGCAGCAGAGUCGAUCUCUGGAAAAACAAAUUACACUCACGCAAAAUGACAGGCUGGUUGACGAGGCCGAAAAGGCAGCCCAAGAAGCACAAAUUGGAGACCUUGGAGAGACCGAUGUUGACAUGGAGGCUGACUUCAAAGAAGAUCCUGUUCUUGAUGAAGAUUUCGACGAUAUCGGAUCGCCUUCGGACGGUUCAACCCCAGAGCGAUUCCCCAUGCGCAAGAGUAGUCUGAAUUUCGCCUCAUUGCCCGCGCGGGAGCCGCUGAAGGGGCCUCGUGUGUCCCGUACCUCUCAUAUCGAUCUACCAAAGCUGAAUCACGCCGGUCGCACUAGCCUUCUUGGCAAGCAAUUGGGGGCUUCUGGUUCCAAGCAAGCUGCAUCGGAUGAUGACGACAAACAUAAUGCGAGCGAUGGCCCGAAAAAUUCCGACGAGGCCAGGGAAGAAACUCUGGAUGUCGAGCAAGUCAGCAGGAUUCACAACAAAAAGUCCACACAGAGCCUUCACGAGAGAAUCAGUAUGCUUGGCAAGGUUCCGCCGUCCAGACACAAGAUCUCACUCGCAGCAACCGCCGCGACAUCUGCUGGUCAGAUACCUUACCCAGAAAUUCCCGCGACAAAAGCGGAGAUCAAGCCCAACACACUCGCAUCUGAAGAGCGUACGGGCGUGGUGCAGCAGUCCAAGGAGGAACCCGUGGAUGAGUGGAUCCGUCCGAUGAGCUCGCCACAGCGACUUGAUCUCACCAAGAGCAAAACUUUUGAUGUGAAUGAGAAGCUGUCCGAGCAGUCCCAGUCGACGAACAACUCAUCCACCAAGGAUAUGUCGAAUCCACAGCCUACCGAACCGCAACGUCCCAAGUCAUCCUACUCCAUUUUCUCCUCGCCUCGCCCGCAUGGUCACUUCAAGACCGCUUCUGUAUCAAACAUUACAUCGGAAACUUCGACUACUCCGACUGGAUCACCUAGGCGCUUCGAGGGUCCUUUGAGUGCAUCCAAGAUGAGACUACAGUCCAUUAUGAAAUCGGCCAAGGGCUUGUUCUCAAGUACUGCUGCGCCAACAAGAGUGGAGGUCCCGUCUCCAGAGCAGCAACGUCUUCGACCCCUAGACCAAGUGCAGAAGGUUUCUGAAAGCAAGUCAAAAUCUGAGCAACAGCCUCGUCAACACCUCAGUCCGCCGCGACACGAAGGUCGACGAACCCGAAGCUCCACGGAGAAAGAGGAGAAGCGUCGACAGCAGGAACUUGAGGAUCGUCAACGUGAAGAAGAUUUGAAGCAGGAGAAGGCGCGCGAGCAGGAAAAGGAGAAACAGCGUGUCUUGCAGGUCAAAAGCAUGCAAGACAAGUCGUCCAUUGAACCAGAGGACCGUCCGGGCAACGCUGCCCAGCGACCCAUCCAGGCACAUCGACAACAAUCACGAGAGCCGGAUUCUGUGCACGACGGAUCACGGUUUGGUCUCGCCCAAUCGAAACAAGCUGAUCGACGACCCAGACCUCCGACCAGGGAGCCCACCCAGAAGUCCAAUCCGAGACCGGUCUCCAUUCGAGUUGGCAGUACGCUAUCAAGGCCGAUGUCCGUAGCUUCAUCUAUUCCUUCCAAUUCCCAUGAGCCCGCUGUUGUGCUUCCUGCGCCAACUCCAGCUUCGACGGUCAAGGCCCCGACAUUGAAGAAGAAAGGUAGCAAUCAGUCCUUGCACGCGGCUUCUACGGCCAGUUCAUUGAAGAGCUCAGUCCUGAGUCAGACACAGGCACAGCGGAAGAGGAAAGAACAAGAAGAACGUGAGGCGCGCCGGAAAGAGGAGCAGAGAAAAGAGGAGCAAAAGCGUGAAUUCGAGCGGAAGCGCGCUCUGCAGAAACAGCAAGAAGAGGAGGCCAGACGGCAGGCUGAGGCGGCUGAGCGAGAGCGUUUGGCCCAGGAUGAUCCUAAGAAGAGCGCUCACAUGCGGGCAAUUGAAAGACGUCGUCAAGAAAACAAUGCUCGUAAAGGGCACGUCCGUCAGGGCAGUCAGCAAGCGCUUGGCGAGGCUUCCAUCCUACAGCACGAAAAAGCGGCUUCUCAGUCGUCGCAACGAAGUGACAUGGGAGCUGCCCGACCAGCAUCUCGCUUAGCGUAUGGACGUCCUAUGAAUGCUCCAGCGCCUAAUCCAGCCAAGCCACCCAAACGUAAUAUGGAUGAAGAAUCUGGUCACCGUUCGGCAAUGGUCAAUGCCUCCAACGUCCAGCCUUCGGGGGAGGCGAAACGACGCAAGACGGAAGACGAGCAUAAUCCUGUCCAGCCUGUUCGGCCAACAAUGGCUCCUCCUAUCCGCCAAUCGAGCAUCCGAAAGCAACCUUCAAUGUUUGGACAGUCAGCCUCGUCUAUUUUCAAGACUGGCCAGGCUCAAAGGCCAGCUCAUCCAUCCGAACUGGCAAAGUAUUCAAGCAAUAAAAUACCCUUUGCUGAACCCAGUCAUGCUCCGGCUGCGGCUUCGCAGAAGACACCGGGCCCUAGCUCCGCUCAGCGUCCCCCGUCCUCGGUCAAACCCUCACCCAAGUAUCCGAACGGAGAGAACAUUCAUCUUCCAGAGAUUGCUACAGAUAGCGAGGACGAAGAUGACUCGGACUCUGAGAUGUUCCCUGUGCCCAAGUGGGCACAGCCUAAGGAGCUGGAAGACCUGCUGCGGGUACAGGAAGGAAUGGAGGUUGACUCCAUCUUUGGCCCCAUUGCGCCUUUCUCUCUCGAAGAGACCUUCAAGGCCGAUAAAAAGAUCAAGAAAUAUCGCGACAGAACCAGCAGCGCGAAUUGGAAUGGGCCUGACGGUCUAACUCAGGAAGAGAUCCGCAAAGAUCGACUGGAGCGACAAAAGCUGCGACUCAAUGGUGGUUGGUCAUUCCAUUGA